CUUCUCUCACUCUUACUCUGUCUCUUUGCUCUUUUCUUCAUCAGACCAAAUUAAAUAAAAUAAAACCCUAAUUUCCUAGCUCGAUUUCUCUCUUAUCUCAUCUCCCCAAAAGAAAAAUGCACGAACUUGUCUUUCGGAGAUCGUGAACACUCGAUUUUUUUUUUUGUCUUAUCUAUAAUAGAGAGGUAAAGAGAAAAAAAAAACACAAAUGCUGGAAGCUGCACAGAACAACAACAACAACAACAACAACUCAAGCAGCAUCCUCAAUGGAGGAGGUGGAUUCUCUCAGCUACAGAGUUGCUUCGGCGAUUGCAGUAGCGAAGAGGAACUAUCUGUCUUACCACGUCAUACCAAAGUUGUCGUCACCGGAAACAACCGUACCAAAUCUGUCCUCGUCGGUCUUCAAGGCGUUGUUAAAAAAGCCGUCGGACUCGGUGGUUGGCAUUGGCUGGUUUUGACUAAUGGGAUUGAAGUGAAGUUGCAGAGGAAUGCGCUUAGUGUUCUUGAACAUCCUACAGGGAACGAAGUAGACAAUGAUCUUGAAGUCGAGCAUAAUACACAGUGGAACAAUCCUUCUGAUAUGACAACUGAGGAGACUUUGAAGCCUCAUAAGUCGAAGCAGAGAGGACACAGAUCAUCGCGGUUAUCUCAAAAGGCAAUCUUCAGGGCCGUAUCUUGUGACUCACACUCAAAAAACUCGAGUUUAACACCUCGUGGGAACAUGAAGGUUGAUUUUACCAAAUUGGAUACGCCUGCAUUAUUGAGAUACUGGCGACAUUUUAACCUUGUGGAUGCUCUUCCUAAUCCAACAAGGGAGCAACUAAUUGACAUUGUUCAGAGACACUUCAUGUCUCAGCAAAUGGAUGAGCUUCAGGUAAUUGUGGGAUUCGUUCAGACAGCAACAGGAAUGAAGAAGGCUAGCAGGUCGAAACCAAAAGAACGCAGAAACAAUGAUCUUUAACUGCAUCAGCUAUAGGCUAACAAAGUCUGUCAAAGGCUAGCGCGGGUCACAUGUUUUAACCAUUCCGUGGCUCUUAAAAGUUUUAAGUAUAGUAGUUUUAACUCUGUCUAUUGGGUGGGUUAACACUAGUUAUCAUUGCUCUCUCCAUGUAAGUAAGUUCAUCAAGAACCAAUGACAGGAAUCAAAAGAACCCCUUAGUUGUCAUUGCUCUGCUCCAUGUAAGUAAAGUCUAUCAAGAACCAAUGACAGGAAUCAAAGGAUCUCUAAUUAAGCA